AUGACAGAAUAAUUGAACGGUUCUUUUGUUAAAUAAGAGGAAGAAAUUAUCUAAUCAAAAAAGGAAGAAAUCUUAUAGUUCUUUGAGCAAUAGGGCUAUAAACCUAAUUCUGUGUUCGAUGAUUAACUUUGGUUUUUCCCUGAAAUCAAUAAGAGUUAUGAUCAUAUUUUGUGGAAAAUUAUUAAUGAUGCCCUUGGAUAUGAUUAUAAUAAAGACGAUCAUGUAGAGUGAUAAUUUUACAUAGUUCGCAACAGAAACAAAGAUUGAGGCUUUUGUUCAGAGGUUAUUAGAUGAAGCUCAAAUGAUACAUACGAAAGUAAUGGAUUUAAAAAAAAACAUUGAUUCUUAUAAAGAUGAAAUAGAUAAUUUUGACAAGUUUUCAAAGAUAAUUGAAGCUAGUAAUCAUAAAUAAAUUCUAUGAUAGAUAAAACUGAAUAUAAUUAAGAGAAUGCAUUCGUAAUAUCUUAUGUGGAUGAAAUCAAUUAAAUAAAUGAGAUUGCAAAAGUAAAUUAAUUUAGGAUUAUAAGUUCUACAGUAUCAAAUAUAAGAUAGGCACAAUACUCUAGAAUUACUAAUUAUUAUACCCAGAAAACUCGAAUCGCUCUACCUGCAUUUCCAACGAUUAUUCCAUUGAAUCGAUCUAACUUAUUGUAAUGGGAAGGAGAUUAGAUAAAGGAAUCGAAGAGACUAGAACUUCAGGAGAAGAUUAUAAAGAAUUAGCUCAAAUCAAAAUACCAAUUUAAGAUAUAUACUAAUAAGUAAGGCCCAGACAUUUUGCAUUACCCACAAUUCCCUAGUGCUAUUUGAUGGUUAAUUACUAAGAUAAAAGUUUAGAUGCACCAUUUUGUGAAAAUGUAACUAUAAAUUUACGUUUUGAUUUGAGAUUGUCUUAUUUGUAUAGAAUGCAAAUUAUUAAGGACCAGAAAUAAUAUAGGACCGAACUUAUAGAAGUAAACAAUCACCCAAUAACUUAUUAGGCAAAUGAAGACAAAUUUUAAUAGCAGCUAGGAUUGAUGUAGCAAUUAUUAUCUCCAUUUAAAUCAGAACCUAAAUUGCAUUAUGUGCCAGCCAAAGGCAUAGGAUUAUAAUCAGAUUUUAAGGAUGAUAAUAGAGAGAACUAAUAAUUUUUAGAAGAAAUUAAACCUCCUAAAGAAAGAGAAUCUUGUUGCCUUAUCUGUUGA